GUCAAAAAAGCAGACAUGAUCAACAAAAACAUGACCCACCAGGUCCAAGCUGAGAGAGAUGCGCUGGCAUUGAGCAAAAGCCCGUUCAUCGUGCAUUUGUAUUACUCGCUGAAUUCUGCAAGCAAUGUCUACCUGGUAAUGGAAUAUCUCAUCGGUGGAGAUGUUAAGUCUCUUCUGCAUAUAUAUGGUUACUUUGAUGAAGACAUGGCUGUGAAGUACAUUUCCGAGGUAGCACUGGCUCUGGACUACCUCCAUAGACAUGGAAUCAUCCACAGGGAUUUGAAACCAGACAAUAUGCUUAUUACUAAUGAGGGUCAUAUUAAACUGACAGACUUUGGCCUCUCCAAAGUGACUCUGAAUAGAGAUAUCAAUAUGAUGGAUAUUCUCACAACACCUUCCAUGGCUAAACCCAGAAAAGAUUAUUCAAGAACGCCAGGACAAGUAUUGUCUCUCAUCAGCUCUUUGGGAUUUUUCACACCGGUUACAGGAAAAAACCAAGACUCCGCAGACACCCUCUCACCACACCUGUCCAGAACACCACCGCUCUCUCACAUGGCAGGCUGUUCCAUGUCUACAGAUCCAAAGGACACAGAUCCUCACCCUAGCAAGAUACUAAAGUCAUGUCUUGACACCCUUGCCUCCAACCCAGGAAUGCCUGUGAAGUGCCUGACUUCUAACCUGUUGCAGUCUAGGAAGAGGCUGGCUACGUCCAGCACCAGUAGUCAGUCCCACACCUUCAUGUCCAGUGUGGAGUCAGAAUGCCACAGCAGCCCCAAAUGGGAAGAUGAUUGCCAGGAAAGUGAGGAGGCAUUGGGCUCUGCAGUGAUGAGUUGGAAUGCAGUUGAAAAGUCAUGUUCAAAAUCUACAAAUGCUACUGGAACCCAAGGUUUGAAUAGAAAGGAACUUGAAUUAGCACUUUCUCCUAUUCAUGGCAGCAGUACCAUUCCUGCUGCUGAAAACUCCUGUGUAAACCCGGACAAGAAAUGCACCUCUGGUGAGGCUUCCUGGGAAGCCAGAGAACCGGAUGUGUAUAAUGUAAACAUGACCUCCGACACAAGGCAGGCUGAUUCCCAGCAGUCGGAUCAGUGGGAUUCUGGUGGUCUCUCUGAAGAACACCUCGGGAAAAGAAGUUUCAAAAGAAAUUUUGAGUUGGUGGACUCCAGUCCUUGUCAGGAAAUCAUACAGAAUAAAAAGAAUUGUAUAGAGUGUAAGCACAGGAAUGAAAUGUUAGAUUUUUAUGCAAAUCAGAGAACAGGCUUAACAACUGAAGUGCAGGACCUGGAACUGUCAACGUGCAGAAGUUGGGAAAAUGACUGUGCCAAUAAGGAGAACAUGGGCAAUUCUUACACUGAUAAGCAACAAACACCAGACAGAUUACCCAUACCGAUGAUAGCAAAGAAUCUGAUGUGUGAACUGGAUGAAGACUGUGAGAAGAAUAGUAAGAAGGACUGCUUAAGCUCCAGUUGUCUCUGCUUGGAUGAUGAUAGGACUUCCAAAAGUAUCUGCAUGGAUUCUGAUUCUUCUUUUCCUGGAAUCUCCAUGAUGGAAAGUUCAUUGGAAAGGCAGUCAUUAGACCCAGACAAAAGCAUCAAAGAAUCCUCUUUUGAAGAAUCAAAUAUUGAAGAUCUACUUCUUGUGACACCAAACUGCCAAGGACAUAAUUUUCCAAAAGGUGAUGAGAAUGCUACCAUUCAGGACAGCAGCCCAAUGAUGCUAGCUCCUCCCUCAGAGGCACUGAAAACUCUCUCUAAAAAGAAUGCUGUCGCUUUUCGAAGUUUCAACAGUCACAUUAACGCAUCCAAUAACUCAGAACCAUCCAAAAUCACUUCUUUAGACACAAUGGAUAUUUCGUGUGCUUACAGUGGUUCCUAUCCCAUGGCUGUAACUCCUACUACUCAGAAAGUGAGAGCCGGUAGGCCGUACCAGACCCCGAACCAGAUUAAGUCGGGAACUCCGUAUCGAACCCCCAAGAGUGUGAGAAGAGGGGCACCCCCAGGGGACGAUGGACGCAUUCUAGGAACCCCAGACUACCUCGCACCUGAGCUGUUACUAGGCUCAGCCCACGGAUUUCAGAAUUCAGGUCCUGCAGUAGACUGGUGGGCACUUGGAGUGUGCCUGUUUGAAUUUCUCACGGGCAUUCCUCCCUUCAAUGACGAAACACCACAGCAGGUGUUCCAGAAUAUUCUCAAAAGAGACAUCCCGUGGCCGGAAGGGGAGGAGAAGCUGUCUGAGCAGGCUCAGAGUGCAGUGGACAUCCUGUUAACCAUCGACAGUUCGAAGAGAGCGGGCAUGAGAGAGCUGAAACUUCAUCCACUCUUCAGUGACGUGGACUGGGAAAAUGUACAGCACCAAGCGAUGCCCUUUGUGCCCCAGCCGGAUGGCGAGACCGACACGUCAUAUUUUGAAGCCAGGAAUACCGCUCAGCAUCUGACUGUGUCUGGGUUUAGCCUCUAGCACAUACUUCUUCCUGAGGCCUCACCUGCGUCACAGAGGCGGCUUACAGCACGUGUGCUCUGCAACACUAGGCUUAUCUCCAUGGGGGAGAGGGAGCAAGGCAUUACUUGGGUCACUGACUUUUAACUCUGUGUUACAGCUUUCACAAAUUUAAACAAACAAAAAAACUAAUAGAAUCAGUAACUUACCUCACUCUCAGAACUGUAUAUAAAUUUUGAAAGCAUUCUUCAUCUUAUUUAUUUUGUUUAUGGCACUUUAUGAAUAGCAUCAAUAAAAUGAGAAUGCCAGCAGCACUGUCUAAGCGAAUGACAAGCUUAGUUUUAUUUUCUCUUCAGUGG